AUGAGCGGCCCGUCGCGCUUCAGCUCGCUCAACUCCUUCUUCCGCUCCAAAACGCCGAACCCGCCGCCGCCGCCGCCCAAGGACCGGGAGCGGGACAACCAGAGCCUCUACGCGCAGUCCGCCUUCAGCCAGAGCACGCGCUCCUUCACCAUCCCGCGCUCGACCUCGCCCGCACCGACAACCCAGACUGCGAAUUCGAGCGUAUACCAUCUGGGCCAGGGCGGCGCGAGCAGCUCUGUGCUGAAUUUAAAUCAAUUCGGUGGCGGCAAUGGGCGGCAGGGCCAAAGCAGCGCGCCGAGCAGCUUCAAGCGGGGCGUGUCGAGGAUAGCCAGCGGCCUCAAGCGCCCAAAGUCCCGUGCGAACCUGCUGCAGGACGCCCCGGCACCCAAGCCGGACGACGACGGCGGGAUAUCGACGCCGUGGAAUUUCCAGCACAACAUUCACGUCGACGAGAGCUUCAACGGCCUGCCGCCCUCGUGGUCCCAGACCUUAUUGCAGGCGGGAUACUCCGAGGCGGAGAUCGCACAGCUGUACGAUGCCCGUCGCGCGCGGACCGCGACUCCCGCGAGCACUCUGCGCUCUGCGUCACCCGCGCCCUCCCAGAACUCGCUCGUCCCACGUGCGCGCUCAUCAUCGCUCUCGCGCAAGCGGACAGACACCGCAGAGUCGAGUUCGCAGCCCAUGCCGCCGUUGCCCAGUUUGAUGGGCGGGCCCGGGCCGGGGCAUAGCAGGCAGGAGAGCGAGUCGAGCUACGCGAUCGUCGAUCCGGACGAGAGCGUGAGCGUGCAGAGCGACUCGCAGUAUGUUCAUCUGGCACACGCCCGCAAUGGGCAAGCCGUACACGCAGGCGUCAUCACGCCGUUCCCCAUGCCCGCUCAACCGUCACCCAAUCCUAGCCGGUUGAACGGACAGGGCCCUCAUGGCAGCCCUAGUAUAAACGGCUCAUAUGUCGGCGUCAAUGUGAGCUAUGGUACGGCGAACGGUACACGCGCGACCUAUUCGCCCUCGUUACAUUCUACGACAUCACACACUACCAACUCGUCCCCGCGGAUACCCCAAGCGCGGUCGGACUCACGACCGCAGACGCCACAGAGGCGUACGCCGUUCAGAGUGGUCAAUACGACGGAGGGCAUGGGAUCGCCGCCACCUGCGUAUGGGAAUGGACGGCUAGGCGGGGAAAAUACGGACGAGGAGUUGCCGGGUCUGACGAGCGCGGAUCUCGCGAGGGAGAGGCCGGCGGAGAAGCAGACCGCGUCGGGGUCCGGUUCUGCAACUGGGGGGACUCUGCCGUUGAGGACUGGGACGGUGAAGGCGCUCGGCAAUGGCAAUGGUGUCGGGCUGCCGGCGAAUGGGAUCGCGAGGAGGGUGGAGAGUCCGGAGCAGGUUGCGGAUCUUUCGCGGGACGAGGAGGGAGAGGGGGAUGAGGAUGAGGACGAUACGACGCGGUUCGGGCCGUCGUUGGAGAAGCACAAGCCCCCGCGUCUGGCACCGCGGCUUUCGUUGCGCCCUGGUGCUCUCGAUCUCGACGAUCUGGGAUCAUGGUCAUCUGCUUUGCUCUCGUCUUUGCCUUCUGCAAGCGAAGAAGGCCCGAACGCUCCACCGCCCAGUGCGAAUAACGCCUCGUCGACAACAGCGUCCACCUUUUCAUUCGCAUCAACGUCUACUUCGGCGCCCGCGAGGAGAUCAAAACGGUUCUCACGGGCCGUUCUGCCCGCCAUCGUCUUGCAAGAUGCCACAGCGUCUCAUGCGAGCCCCUCCCGGACAGACGAGGAGGAUGAAGAGGAGGACGAAGGGGAGGGCGAUAUCACGCUUGGGCAUAGUCCGCUGUACAAUGAACUGCUGGGGAUGAUGGGUUCAUCGUCAUCGCUCUCCCCAUCACCCAGUCCAACACCCUCGCCAUCAACGUCAUCAUUCCCCUCACAAGGCGAAGCGCGACCGCGCCCUCCAGGCUCGUACAAGCCACCACCCAAUAAUACGCAUCCGCAUCUGCAGCUUGAGUUGUCAAGGCACGAUAGCAGGUCGUCGUCUUUCGCGCCGAGGGACUCAGUGGCGAGCUCGGCGGAUGUUCAUGUGGACGAUUACGAGUUCCCUGUGCCGCCCGGCAGCGCGACGAGUAUCGGGAGUGGCUGGCCGAGUCCGAGCGAAGAUACGUUCGCUUUCCGACGACAAGGCGGGCCUUCCUCUGCAUCCAAUAGGGAUACUAUCGUGGGUCUGAACACGACCAGCGGUAGAGGCGAAGGCAUGGGUUUGGGUUUCGGAGGAGCAGGCCCGAGCGUCAGGGUGGAGGACGAGGAGGAGUGGGCGAGGAGAGAGGGCGACGAGAGGAGGGAUACGCUUCGUCCUGGGUGGAGGGAGAGCACGGCGACUAUUAUGGGCAACCGGGCGAGCGUUGUUACCGUUACGGACUCGAACCGGUUGACAUUGACCAUCGACGAACGGCGCCGCUCGGGACGUGACUCAAAUGCGUCGGGCAGUACGGUGACGCAUGCGACGAUUGUCCGCGGCGCGUCUGUCGUGCGACGUGUACAUGCAUCGCCCGUACACCUCACGCCCUCCGAACCACUAACGGAAGAAGACUACCUCUCUUCGGCGCCCGCAUCACCCCUCUCACCAAGUUCGCCCAACGGGCUUGCCUACCGUCAUCGAACACAAGACGGCAUGCUCGCACCCCCUCUAUCACAGGCUGACGAGGAGGACGAAGACGACUGGGCGGAGGGCGAUGCGGAGGCCGAGGCGGAGUGGGCCAGGAAGCGCGCUGCCGCUGAGGCGGAAGAGGAGGAGCUGAGCGCGGAGAUGCCCGCACCACGGAGACGACCCGACUCGCCAGACUCAAACUCUGAAGAGGGCGAUGAGAAUGAAGGGAGUGGCGGGACGGGGAGUACGGGCACGACUGCCAGCGCCGAGGACGAUUCCCCGCCGAAGGUCCCGCCGAAGUCGCCCUCGACAGCGAAUCUUAGCAUUGGAAGUGCAAGGCCCAGCAUUAACGUCGCCACAGACGUCCUGCUCGACCGCCCAGAGCGAGCCGGGGUGUUCAGUCCCUCAGCCGGCUCAGGCCCCGCGAGCGCCGCGCCGAGCUUCAGCAGUCUCGCGCCGAGCCCCUCGCACACCAUCUCACCUCAGACGCAGCCUUCGCGCCCGGUGUUCAGGGCUAUGGACACGGACCACAGCACGUAUACGGACGUGAGCUACGCGAGUAUGAUCACGGAGACGGACGCGAGCGGGGAGACGCGGGUCAGUAUGGAGAGCGAGGUGAGCGAUACGCAGCGCGUGCCGCUCAGCGCUAUCAGUGGGGGGUUCUUGUCGCCGACGAUACCCACCAACGCACUUUCACUUCCGGCUGCACCUCAGCUCCCGCGCAAUCCGGGACUGACGGUGUCCACCGCACCAUCAUCGUUCGUCCCGCCCGCACCAAACUCCGCAUCCUCGCUCGCGCCGCCCGGCGCCGGAUCAGGAUCAGGAUCAGUCCCGCCGAGCCCGACACCCUCCCUCUCGCGCAAACGCUCCUCCGCACGCGCAUCGGGUCUAUCCCGCGCGCUCAAGCCGCUCGCGGCCUUCCUCGACGCCUCGUCCGACCCGCGCGCCAAGUUCGCCGAGCUAUCCGAGAUAGCGCAGGGCGAGAGCGGGAGCGUGUUCGCGGCGCGACUCGUCGGGUCCGUCGCGGAGUGGCGCGUCCCGGCCACGCCGAACAGUCCGCUGGCGAAUGAUAAGGAGAACGAGUGGGGGCGCGAGGGGCGGGCGGUCGCGCUCAAGAUUGUUCCCGCCGCGGGCAAUGCUGUGAAGCUUGCGAGUCUGAAGAGGGAGUUGGAGCUCGUGCGAGGGGUGCGGCAUCCGAAUGUUUUGGGGUUCGAUGGCGUGUUCGUCGAUACGGACGCCGAGUCGCUGUGGUUGGCGAUGGAGCUCAUGGAGCGCUCGCUCGCGGACGUGCUCUCUUUAUCUUCACCCGAUAUGGGAUUGGACCCGGCCGAACGGAGCAAGGUUGUGCUCAGCGAACGAUUGAGGGCAAGAUGCGUGUGGGACGCGCUGCUCGCGCUUAGCUAUUUGAAGAAGCAAAGGAUCGCGCAUCGGGAUCUCAGGAGCGAUAAUCUGCUCGUUAGUCCGGAGGGCGUGGUGAAGCUUGCGGAUUUCGGGUGUGCGGUUAGGGCGUUGCCCGGGGCGCCGAGGAGUAGUGAGCGCGUGGGCGUUGUGUACUGGCAGGCGCCUGAGAUGCGGACCGGCCUAUACGACCCGCUCAAAGUCGACGUCUGGUCCCUCGGCGCCACAGCGUGGGAGCUAGCCUCGGGCGAACCACCCUUCAGCGACGGCGGCGCCCCGCCCUCCGGCUACGCCCUCCCGCCCCUCCCCUCAUACGCCGAAGCCUCGCGCGCGUUCGAAGACUUCUUGCACCUGUGCGCGCAGCCGCCGAGCAGCCGCGCGGAGCCGGACGAGCUGCUGAAUGCUCAUUUUGUGAGGAUGGCGGCGCCGAGGAGCGCGCUGGUUGCGCUGCUGGGGAGGUGUAAGGUCGUUGAGGAUCGGUUGUUGGGGAGGAGCGAUGAGGCGUAG